CACCACCCACCACCAUCGCUCCCCCACACCCCCGUUUCCCGCCAUUCAGGGGUGAAGGGGGCGUGGCUCGAUCAAGCCCCGCCUCCCUGCGCGGCGUUGCGGCGUGACGCAGGCGCGCACGGCCAGUGCCGAGUGACCUUCAGCGGCGGUUGGUCGUGGUUCGGACCCGCUCCGAUCUUCAGCGCUCCUCAGCCCUCACCUCGCCUCCGCCGCCGCCAUGCCGAGGGGCGGCCGCAGCCGCACGUCCCGCGUGGCGCCCCCCGCCAGUCGGGCGCCACAAAUGAGAGCUCCAGCACCGGCGCCUGUCCCAGCGGCGGCGCCGGCCUCUGCUGUGGCGGCUCCUGCGCCGAAGCAGCCCGGUCUGAUGGCACAGAUGGCUACAACUGCUGCUGGAGUGGCCGUAGGCUCUGCUGUUGGCCAUACCAUAGGUCAUGCGCUGACGGGAGGAUUUGGUGGAGGAAGCAGCUCUGAAGCUGCGAGGCCUGAUAUUACUUACCAGGAGCCGCAGGCAGCUCAGCCUGCCUACCAGCAGCAGCAGCAGCAGCAGCAGUUUGCUCCUUGCCAGUAUGAAAUGAAGCAAUUCCUGGAGUGUGCCCAGAACCAGACUGACCUCAAGCUGUGCGAGGGCUUCAGUGAGGUGCUGAAGCAGUGCAGGUUUGCUAACGGCUUAGCCUAAGCCUUCAGAACCAGGCUGCUGAAGACCAUCUUGGAAGAAUUGACCUGUGAAUGGAGAAGAAGCUUCGAUAAUAAAGCCUAAAGUUGAUAUCUUCUUAGUUCAUAUAUUCACACUCUUGUUCUCCUUGUGGCUUGAUUCCUGCCAUAGCCUCUACAGAUGUGCUACAACUUACAGCCGCCAAUUAAUUUAGCACAAAAUGGAAGAGUGAAUAAAGUGGAAUGAGCUAACUUGUGUUUACUGGUUUGCUGAUGGUUGUGUUGAAUGUAAGUGACAUGGUGUAUAAAUAAACUUCUCUCUCUGCUCUGAUGUGAA